AUGGCAAGGAAUGUUUUUGGACUUGUGCACCAGUUUUUUUCUUCAACCCCCCCGUCCCAUGACCCGGAAGAGGCUGCAAUGUUCCAAGAUAUCAAUUCUAUCCCCUCUGUGUCUCCAGCAGAAUUGGGUAGUCAUGCCAAGCCUUGCAACUCAUUUCACCCAUACCCCAAUCAAACAUCUUUUGACCUUGGCCAUUGGUACUGGAAUGGUAGUGUACAAAAGUCACAGGAGAGCUUCAAGGAACUGCUCAAUAUUGUCGGAUGCCCAGAUUUCGAUCCUGAAAAUGUGCGACUUACGCACUGGGACAAGAUCAACUCGCAAUUAGGUGUGACCAUUGACGAUGAGGAUGGAUAUGAAUGGCAGGAUGAUGAUGCAGAUGCCACACAGCUGACGACCUUCAGUAAUGUGAAGCUAUCGCUGGUCUACAUGUAUUUCGGAAACGAGUCGAAAUAUCACCAUUGUAAGCCAUCCUGUCACCUGGCUAAUCAUGUUGCCUACUUUCAGAAGCUUCCGGAUUCAUUCAAAGAUUUCAUGGGGACUUACACCAAAGGCAAGGGUGUUGGUCGUGAAUGCACCACACACUGCCACCGUGACUUGUUCCAAGCUCAAUGGAGAGUUUUACUUGAUGACGAGUUUUUAGAGGCCUAUGAACAUGGCAUUGUGAUUCUCUGUUGUAACGGUAUCAAAUGUAGAUUUUACCCGUGGGUAUUUACCUAUUCCGCAGACUAUCCCGAAAAGCAACAGCGUAAAACACUUGCAUGUGCCGAUACGUCCAGGAGUCAGUUGGUUGCUACAGCAUGGAACCUUAUCUACGAGAAGAAUUUUGGUGUAGAUAGCACAGCGGUUGAGUCAAUUCUUAAGCCCGAAUCAUGGGUACCAACCUCUAACACGUUUUCGGACUCUCUUGGUCUGUUUGGCUUUAAUAUCUUUAUUGUGCUUGUCGUCGAUCUCUUGCACGAGGUCGAGCUUGGAGACCUGAUCCAUGAGCUUGACAGGAGGUACAGGCAGGUCCCCCCAUUUGGACCAGCAACAAUCAGGCGGUUCUGUUCAAAUGUCUCUGAGAUGUCGAACAUGGCUGUGUGGAAUUUUGAGGAUCUUCUACAAUCUUCAAUGGCCUUUUCCCCUGAAGUUCACAACAACACUAUCAUUGACCUCCUUUUUACUAUGUCACACUGGCAUGGACUUGCGAAGCUUUGCAUACAUUCCGACCUGACCUUAGAUAUUUUUGAGCAGCAAACAACUGAUCUUGGCAAACGGUUCCGUCACUUCAAGGAAAAAGUGUGCCCUUCAUAUCAAACCCAGGAGCUUGAUCAUGAAGUUGGUGCACGAUCUCGCCGGCAGGCAAAGGGAGCGGCCAAACGGGCAGGGACUAUUAAUGGACGCGGCUCCGAGCGAGCUUUCCAAGGUUCUAACGCUAAAGGUAAAGAAAAAGCAAAGCUGGAACAGAAUGUACCUGGGGCAAAACAACCACGGAGGAAAAAGUCAUUCAACAUUCAGACUUACAAGUUCCAUGUCCUUGGAGAUUAUGUGGCCUGCAUUCAUCACUUUGGCACAACAGAUUCAUAUAGUACUGAACCAGGAGAGUUAGAGCAUCAUAUGCCCAAAGGCAGAUACCAUUGUACUGAUCAAAAUACAUUUAUUCGCCAACUAACUCGGAUCGAGUGCUGUGAGGCACGCUUGCGCCGCAUUGAGCAGUGGCAACAACAGGGAGUCUCUCAUACAGAUGUACACGAAAUAGCAAGUGACCCCAGACUACACCAUUACAUCGGUCAGAGUGAGAGGAUAUAUGAUGAGUUUGGCCAGUACCUCCGCAACCACGCAGGAGAUCCUGCUAUGAAGGAUUUCCUACCUCGAUUAAAAGAACAUAUUUUCAAUCGCCUCGAGCCAAAUACUGCCAAAUCGCCUGGGGAGAGAUCUGAUCUCAGCUUUGUCAAUCGUGAUACCAUCAUGCGCUAUCACUAUGGCCUUGGGGUGGGUCACAUAUAUUCUCAUGAAGCAAAUAUUCUAGAAGACCCCUGCUUGGCACAAGUGACACCCUGCCCUGAUACACAAACGACAGUACAGAUGGAAAAUGAAGCCUUGGAAAGUGAAGGAAGCCUCGGGAAAAGCACUCCCCAACAAUCUCCUGGUGAUGACAAUGAUGAUGACAAUGACGAUGAACAGGAGGAAGAUGAUGAUCAUAUUAGCAUCGAGGAUCUUGACUUCUUUGAUUAA